AUGACGGGCGCUCUCUCUACCCCCCGGUAUAGCAACGACGAUUUCGAGACAGCUUCGAUUCGCUCCACUGCUCCUUCUUAUGUCUCCGAAGCUCCCUCCUAUCACUCGAUAAACCCGUAUCCCGAGAGCUUACCGUCAUACACACCUCCAGUUCGAACACAUGCGGUUGUGAGAAGCUCUCUAGUUCCCUCUAGUAGCGGUACUUCUACUCCCACAUCGCGCCAGCAGACCAUCGGCCUGCCUCCUGUGCCUGCAGCUCCUCUGCGAUCACAGCCAAACCUGAACAACUUCCGUAUCGCGACGUGGUCUUCCGUUUCUAGCAACCCUACUGCACGGCACUACCAGAAUGUCGCAAACCGGCGACUGACUGCCACCACCCAGCGUGAUCCUGUAGAUAGCCUUCGUCGCGUCAUGACCGAUAUUACCGAACAAGACCAGGAACGAUAUGUGACUCGGCCGUUGGAGGACCCGUACUUGGUUGGCGAGGAGGCUGCUGCAAGGACCCGUCGGGAACGACUUGCACGAGAGUCAGGGGAAGAUAUUCUGAUCCGUGAAGACCGGCAGUGGGACUGGUUCCUAGCACGCAUGAAGGACUCAGAGGAGCGCCAGCGAAGCUUGACUGGGUACCGUCGCGAGGCAGAAGCCGGGAGCCGCAAGAAGCUCUUCCGUCGUAUGGGAGGACGACGAUUGCUCUGA